CCUGGGCUACUAUAAGCUCUGAAACCUCAAACUCGCCUGAAAUAUCGCGAGACUCUCUCUCGACGGCCGUGAGGGGAGCUUCGCUACCAAUCUUUUACAUUAACUGCUGAUGCAGGUCGCUGGACGAGCCUUCUAACCCAGGUUACUAAGCGGUACUGGUAAUUAGUGAAUCCCAUGCAAGUGUCACAUUAACAGAUUCACGGGGAUACCGCAAUUAAGUUUGGAGGAACCAACCAUUCGGCAUAACGAUUAGGCAAUAAUCGUCAUUACAUAUAUACUAAUUAUAAUCAAACUUUAAUUUCAAAACAUAUUGGUGGCGAUAUUAAAAUUUACCUGAGCUAAUAAUUCCUACAAUAUGUAAAUCAGACUUCUUAGAAAUUAGGACAUUUCUUUUUGGGUAAGGGAGUAAUGUAAGCACAGAAAUCGUAAUGUUUCAUAUUUUAUAUUUACAGUUUAAUUAAUAUGGGAAAGCCUCGCAAGUAACGAGGGGAACAUAAUUUAGUUCGUUGUUGUUACACGGAGGUUUUUAGGGAAGAAACGUGCCGAAGUGAGUGACACAGUAGCCUGGUUAUAACCUCCAGAAAAAACAUCGUUAUUAAAAAUACCACUGAAGUGGUUAAGCGAGUCCCUUGUCUUCAAUCCACCUCCCGCUAGCUAAAGACCCCCGUCCUCCGGGGUCGCCGGGAGUCCGGAGGCUACGGGCGCAAAGUGGGUAACAAUCCACGAUGGGGCGCCAACCCAUCACAGAAUAUAAUAAACAUUUACAUUUAGUUAUUUUAACAAAUACUUUAAUCAACACAAGGCAAAGGAGUGUUAUGAUACUCAUAGAGUGGGUGCUCAGUUACUUGACAGGCAAUAGCUAUGCUAUCAGACUGAGAAUGUGCUGCGCAGUAUGCGGUAUAUUUGCUCAGGUCAUUCUUUUGUGACAGCACGGUUAUUGACCCUCAGAUAUAUAUUAGCUUAAGGGGAACAGAGACACCAAAAAUCCUACAACUGCACACCUCAUUUACACAGGUCUUUAAUAGUCAUACCAGGGGUUGGACACACAUAUCAUAAAGUGUGCCAGGAAUGGUGGUCAUGGCAAUGCAGAUCCUGGGCCUACUCAUGGGCUUAGUGAGCUGGACCCUCGAGUUAAGUUCUACAAGCUCCCAUGUCUGGAAGGUGAAGAGCCAUGCAGAUGCAGUGACUACCAGCACCUGGCAAUUUCAGGGUCUCUGGAUGCAUUGUGCAGCCACUGCUGUUGGAGCAAUUCAAUGUCACAGAUAUAAAACUGUCCUUGGUCUACCUGGUUAUAUUCAAGCAUGCCGUGCUCUGAUGAUUACCUCUGUGCUUCUGGGCUUGUUUGGUGUCAUUAUAUCACUGCUGGGAAUGAAGUUCAUAAAAAUUGGACAUAUUUCUGACCAUCUAAAGGCCAAGAUUGCCACAUUUGGUGGUAUCAUGCUCCUUCUGUCAGGGGCCUCCUCCCUCACAGCCGUGAGCUGGUAUGCCUCUCAAGUCAUACAGGACUUCUACAACCCCUUAGGUGGAAGCCUGAAGUUUGAACUUGGGCCUGGCUUAUAUAUUGGCUGGGGGGGUGCUAGUCUGGCCAUUCUAGGCGGAGCUCUUCUUUGUGGUUCGUGCAGGGGCAGCUCAACAGAACUGCCAACAGGGUAUGAUUACACAUAUUCUGUGAAUAGCCAACGACAGAAAAUCUGCGCACCAGCACUGAGCACAAAUGCAUACGUUUAAUCUAUUACAUAAGCAGUGUUAGAGUACAUAUAUAGGUAUUUUACUAAUAUUCUUAUCCUGGUUAUUUACAGUUGCUUUGUCCCUUUAUUAAAUAUUAUAUAUAUAUUCUAAUGUGUUUGGCAGUUACUACAAUUUCAGUUUAUUAAAUGUACCUAGUAAAUGUACAACCCAUCCAUUGAAUUGUAAAUAUUUAAAAUCCUAUUCCAGUGUGCUCUAAUAAAUGAUACUGAUGAAACCUACUUUUAUUUUAUUACAAAUCAUUAGAGUAGUGCACAAGAAAAGACAGAGCUUCUCAGUCAUUCUUUGAAAACCAGACUUCUUUUUGACAUUCUCUCAUUCACUCCAGUCAACACAAAAAGAUUUUUAAAAAUUGGGUGUUAAAGUAUCAGUAAUAUUUCAGAGUGCAUCAUAAACAGUUCUGUGCUUACAUAAAUUUAAAAGUGGAUGUGUUUUUCUACUGAAGAGCAUUUUGUUUCUAAAGUAACAUUUUGGCAUUUUCUAUCCCAUGAUUCAAUACUGCUGGACUAUCCAUCCAUUGGUAACUGCCAAUCCUGUACAAGGCUGUAGGCUCGUUGCAGCCUAUCUCAAGAGGCAGAAUGCAUAAGGCAGGUGAUUCCCUGGAUGGGAUACCAGUUCAUCGCAGGGAUUGCAUUAUGGACGACCAGUUCACCUAACUUCUCAUUCUUUUCAGAAUGUUUUAUUAUUUGGCUUCUGUGUUAGCCAUGUACUGCGCAUAAAAAGUAUGUUUGAAAACAAUACAUUUUGGACACUUGGAAAAAGGAGGACAGAGCUGUUAGGUUAUCUCCACUUGGUGUUCAGCACAUUAGGAGGACGCUGGAUGGGUGAGGAUGGCAAGCAAUAAGGGUCUGCUGAGAACAUCUAUGUGAGACUUCCAUGUGACAUUAAUUCAACUCACACCACCAGAAAAAAUGUCUCCCAUUUGCACAAUGAAGUCAAGGGCAUCGAUGUCAAGGUCUCAAUCAUUGUAGCAGCUACAAAAAACUGUGCCCAGAAGACAGUGCGUUCCUGUCACAGUGGUGACUCGAGUCAUGACAGAGGUGGAAAAACCAGCAUUAAAAUUUUUUAAAUGUCUCAUUGAACGAUCUGGUUCAGAUCAUGCCAUUAUGUUCUAUUAGAAUUGAGGUCUUAUAUUUGAGUCCCUGUUGAUUUUUAUGUUGUUGUUGACUUUGUUGUUUUGGUGGUCUUUAUACAUAUGUUGUACAUUGAAUAUGUGGUGAAGCACAGUAUAGUACCAGUCAAACGUCUGAACACACCAACAUUAACAACAA